AGAUUUUGUCCACCAUAUAAUUUGGCUAUUCUUGAGGUUGACAUCCUUCAUUGCCACUAGAUAAUUUCGAGCUGCUUUCUGGGUUUGAAAAAACAAAAUCAGACAGUUGUCACGAAUCAGUUGCAGUCCAUCGUUAGUGGUGCUGGCUUCAGUCAUUGUGCAAAGGUACUGUUUAUAAGGUUGGGGAAACCUGCAGUCAGCUGACACUUGGAUAAGUGAGGAAACGUUUCUCCCACUGAAUCAUUACGUCCAAAUGAACAGAACUUUUUGGGAUUGGUUCCGUUCCUGGGUUUUUAUUCUGCAGGCUGAAACAACUGCAGAAUCCUAGCUAGAGGCAAUGGCUCACCCACUUUCAUUUAAACAUUUCUCCCUCUAGCUGUUGUCACACAGGAAACUCUGGACAAUUUGGGGAGAAUCCUGAUGGGAACAAAGUCAACUUUUCCCACAUGGAGCUCUCUGAGAAGCAUUUUUACUACUGGAAACACUCAGUUUGCUGCAGGUGUGGGCACUGCCUGGCUCAAGCAUACAUAAAGCAGCAUACAUUACAAAGUUAUUUUCUAAUUUCUAAUGUUGGCCUUACUGGUUAUCAGACGGAUUUGUACUGAGGGCUACAUUUGAAUUCUCACACACAUCCUGAUGUGAAAAUCAUGCCCUUUAUUUGUGACUUCUUCACAUCUGAAGUAUUUCCUCUGACACGUCUUUGUUUCGUUUAAAGUUAAACCCAGAACAGUAACUUUGGUUUCCUUCUCUACAGAACGUUUGCUGCCUGAUGAAUCACUGAAUUUACCUGAUUCUCUUCCUCUUCUUCCUCAGCUGUCAGGAGGAUGGGGAGGGAAAGAUAAUGAUGAUGAUGAUGGUGGAGGGUUAUCGCUCACGUGAAAUAGACAAUGACGCUGAGGCUCAUGUGCCGUUCGGACGUUAAUCCUCCAUCAUCCAGAGUGCAGGAAUUUUACAAAGUGCAGACACACAAUAACAACCAGUCAUUGGUGCUGUUUGGAUUUAAACACACAGGAAAUAGAGCUUUAAAGGGGAGUUCCGUGUGUUUUUCUGUGCAGCUCCAGGAUUAGGACGGAGGGUAAGAGGAUUGGGUGCAUAAAGAAAUGGAAAGCUCCACUCUCCCAGAAAUUAGCCAGAUAUAUUCAGACAUGAGCAGUUUGGUGUUUCAUUUGAGUCAUUCUGCAGCUGAACACAGGAACAAGAAUGAACCACAGAGAGCACCGACACGCUCAGCUGACUUCCUGUUUAUAGUUUUCUAUAUUAGUGACUGAAUAAAGUUUUUGUUUUUAUUAUAAAAACUUACUCUGAUCCACGACUAAGUUUAUCUUGUAAUCUUGCUGAUGUGAGACAUAUUUAAUCCAUAAUAUCCACCUUAGGAUACACCACCAAAUAGUUAUUUAUUUAUUUAUUAUUAACAGCAGGAAAAGUGGAAUAAAUCAUUUUCUAUGAUCAAACUGACAAAACAAUGAUUCCGUCUCUGUGCCUUUUGUUACCUUCUUUGUGCAGAUGAUGUGAAUUUAUCAGUAGAGUUGGAAAAAUAUAGUCUUUAAAUUAAAAACAUCACUGUGUUCGAUGAGUGAAGUUUAAUUUGAUAAAUGAAUAAUUAAAGUUCCUUUGAAGAUGAAAGGAAGCAGGUGUUUCUCGGACAUUCGGUUUCAUGUUUUUCUUGAUGACAGUUAACCUGUUACUUUGUUACUGUGAAGAAGGAGAAGCAGAGUCAUCCUCAUGUUUCUUCGUAAUCACAUAUUUUCAGAUCCAGAGAGCUUGGAUCGACAGAACCUUCCAGAAGAGGGAAUGUAUCCAGAUCAUUCCCAGCAAAGACGCCAGCAGGUGCAGCUGUGGUCAGCUGGUGGCACAGCACACCGCCAUCCCUCUGGGGGCCAAAGAGGACGGGGCCCCACUGGUCCAGCUGGAAGUCCAAUCUACGGAGAGAUGGAGUGCCCUCAAACACACCCAGGUCUCCCCCACUGAUGCCUAUGGGGUGCUGGAGUUUCAGGGAGGAGGACAUGUCAACAAGGCCAUGUACAUCAGGGUCUCCUUUGACUCCAAACCAGAUUCCCUGCUCCACCUGAUGGUGAAGGACUGGCAGCUGGAGCUUCCCACACUUCUCAUCUCUGUUCAUGGAGGCCUCCAGAACUUUGACCUGCCUCCCAAGCUGAAGCAGGUCUUUGGUAAAGGGCUGAUCAAAGCUGCUGUCACCACUGGAGCCUGGAUCUUCACUGGAGGAGUCAGUACAGGAGUUAUCCGCCAUGUUGGCGAUGCUCUGAAAGACCAUUCUUCAAAGUCCAGAGGGAAAGUUUGUGCUAUCGGGAUUGCACCGUGGGGGAUUGUGGAGAACAAAGAAGACCUGAUUGGGAGAGAUGUGACCCGGCCUUAUCAGACAAUGUCCAACCCACUCAGCAAGCUGUCAGUCCUGAACAGCAGCCACUCCCACUUCAUCCUUGCUGAUAACGGGACGUGUGGAAAGUACGGCGCUGAGGUUCGCCUCCGCCGGCAGCUGGAGAAGCAUAUCUCUCUGCAGAAAAUCAACACACGUCUUGGUCAGGGGGUCCCAGUGGUCUGUCUAAUCGUAGAAGGUGGUCCAAAUGUUAUCUCAAUCACACUGGAGAGCUUGAAGGAGGAGCCCCCUGUCCCAGUGGUGGUCUGUGAUGGCAGUGGUCGAGCUUCAGACAUCCUUUCGUUUGCUCACAGAUACUGCGAGGAAGAUGGGUUGGUUAGUGAGAGUGUCAAAGACCAGCUGCUGGUCACCAUCCAGAAGACCUUCAACUACAGCCGCAGCCAGGCACAGCAGAUCUUCCUCAUGGUGAUGGAGUGCAUGAAGAAGAGAGCUCUGAUUACAGUGUUCAGGAUGGGCUCAGAGGGACAGCAGGACAUUGAGAUGUCCAUCCUCACAGCUCUGCUCAAAGGUACAAAUGCAUCUGCGUCUGAUCAGCUGAGCUUGGCUCUGGCCUGGAACAGAGUGGACAUUGCUCGCAGUCAGAUCUUUGUGUAUGGACUCCACUGGCCUCCUGUGCGAACUUCACCUUCUGACCGUCCAAAGAGCCCGGUAGCCCAGCGACCAUCAGCAGGAGGGGCUAAAGGGAAACCCCGGGGGAAGAAGGGAAAAGGAGGAAAAAGCAAACCUGAACCUCCUGAAGAGACGGACCCUCGGAAACUGGAGCUGCUCAACUGGGUGAACUCACUGGAACAGGCCAUGAUGGACGCGCUGGUGUUGGACAGGGUCGACUUCGUUAAACUUCUGAUUGAGAACGGCGUCAACAUCCACCACUUCCUCACCAUCCCCCGUCUGGAGGAGCUGUACAACACGAAACUGGGACCAGCCAACACUCUGCACUUUUUGGUCCGAGAUGUCAAAAAGGGGAAUCUUCCUCCAGAUUACCAGAUCACACUGAUCGAUAUUGGACUGGUCCUGGAGUUCCUGAUGGGUGGAGCGUACCGCUGCAAGUACACAAGGAAGAGUUUCAGGACUCUGUAUAACAACCUGUAUGGCCUCAAAAGACCCAAAGCGUUGAAGCUUCUUGGCAUGGAGGAUGAUGAACCCCGUCCAAAGGGGAAAGGAAAGAAGAACAAGAAAAAGGAGGAGGAAGUAGACAUUGAUGUAGAUGACCCUGAAGUCAGCAGGUUCCAAUACCCCUUCCAUGAACUGAUGGUGUGGGCGGUGUUGAUGAAGCGCCAAAAGAUGGCAUUGUUCCUGUGGCAGCGAGGGGAGGAGGCCAUGGCAAAGGCUCUAGUAGCCUGCAAGCUCUACAAGGCCAUGGCUCACGAGUCUUCCCAAAGCGAGCUGGUGGAUGACAUCUACCAGGACCUGGAGAACAACUCCAAGGACUUUGGUCAGCUGGCCUAUGAGCUGUUGGAUCAAUCCUACAAACACGAUGAGCAGGUGGCCAUGAAGCUCCUGACCUACGAGCUAAAAAACUGGAGCAACUCCACCUGCCUGAAGCUGGCUGUAGCUGCCAAACACAGAGACUUCAUUGCCCACACCUGCAGCCAGAUGCUGCUGACCGACAUGUGGAUGGGCUGUCUGAGGAUGGGCAAAAGCAACAGCCUCAAGGUCAUUUUAGGGAUUAUUUUCCCUCCUGCCAUCAUGCUCCUGGACUUUCGUCUUGGGGAUGAAGCUCCUCAUCAUUCAUCCAAAGGAAGCAAUGAUGGAAAAACUAAAGAUGACAAGAAGUCAAACAAGGAUGCAGCAUCUAAUGUUGACGCUACUUCAAAGAAAGGAGAUGAAGAAGAAAAUGAGAGUGACAAGAAGCACGGGAAGAGGGUUCCUAUCGGGAGGAAAAUCUAUGAGUUCUACAAUGCCCCAUUCACCAAGUUCUGGUUCAACACGAUCUCAUACCUGGUGUAUCUGAUGUUGUAUAACUACAUAAUCCUGGUGAAGAUGGAGCGGUGGCCGUCUUUGCAAGAGUGGAUCGUCGUCUCUUACAUCGUCACUCUGGGCCUGGAGAAAUUCAGACAGAUCCUGAUGUCCGAGCCUGGGAAGCUGAAGCAGAAGAUCAACGUGUGGUUGGAGGACUACUGGAACAUCACAGACCUGGUGGCUAUCUCGGUCUUCAUCUUUGGGUUCCUGCUGCGGCUGGAGCCUGAGCCCUACAUGGGAUAUGGCCGCGUCAUCUAUUGCGUCGACAUCAUCUUCUGGUACAUCCGAGUUCUUGACAUCUUCGGAGUAAACAAAUACCUGGGGCCCUAUGUCAUGAUGAUCGGCAAAAUGAUGAUCGACAUGUUGUACUUCGUGGUUAUCAUGCUGGUGGUGCUGAUGAGUUUUGGUGUAGCUCGGCAGGCCAUCCUCCACCCAGAUGAGGAGCCGACGUGGCGUUUGGCCCGCAACAUCUUCUACAUGCCCUACUGGAUGAUCUACGGAGAGGUGUUUGCCGACUCCAUAGACCUUUACGCGAUGGAAAUCAACCCUCCUUGUGGAGAAAACUUAUAUGAUGAAGAUGGGAAGAAGCUUCCUCCUUGCAUCCCUGGAGCCUGGCUCACGCCCGCCAUCAUGGCUUGUUACCUGCUGGUAGCCAACAUCCUUCUGGUCAACCUGCUCAUUGCCGUCUUCAACAACACCUUUUUUGAGGUGAAGUCCAUCUCUAACCAGGUGUGGAAGUUCCAGCGAUAUCAGCUGAUCAUGACCUUCCAUGACCGCCCCAUCUUGCCCCCGCCGCUAAUCGUCUUCCCCCACAUCUACAUUGUACUGAAGAGGCUGUGCUGCCACUGCAGACGGAGAGCAGAGGGUGGAGAGUACGACGACCGUGAAAGACGACUGCAGCUGGUGCUGAAUGCAGAUGAGCUGAAGAGUCUGCAUGAGUUUGAGGAACAGUGUGUGGAGGAAUACUUCAGAGAGAAGGACGAUGAGAAGCAGUCGUCUAACAACGAGCGAAUAAGAGUCACGUCUGAAAGGGUGGAGAACAUGUUCAUGCGUCUGGAGGAGGUAAAUGAAAGGGAACACUCGAUGAAGGCAUCCCUGCAGACGGUCGACCUCCGCCUGGCUCAGCUGGAGGAGUUCUCUAACCGAAUGAUGAACGCUCUGGAGAAGCUGGCGGGCGUCGACCGAGCUGAGCUCGUCCGCACGCACUCCAGAGGAUCGUCCGUGUGUGAGCCGGGCACUCUGCUGCGCCAAGGCAGCAUCAACAGCACUGACGGGUACAGUCUGUACAGAUACCAGCUGGAGCACGACGACAGGACGUCGGUUUUCGGAGACAUGGAGGGAAACGACAAGAGGGUCCAGCAGAGUCCAGAGAGGCAAGGUGGGAACAGCGAGGGAAGAACCAAAACAGGUGAAUUGAAAGAGUUCUGCUCAGCUCUGGAGGUACAAGGACUUAAGGACACUCAGUCUCUUUCAAACGUGGACAUUCUGAUCUCUCCCUGUGACCCAGACAUCAAAUCCCCCAAGAUCUGCUCCAUUUCACCUCAACGUGACUCGGCUGACACUAACAAAGAUAAACCCAUAGAGAAGGGCCGACUAGAGGCGGCUGUGUCCUUCCCUCUGGAGAGGUCAAAGGUCACACAGUAUUUAUCCUCUCCAACCCUCAGCAGCUCUCCAUCCUCCAAUAAGAAGUAUGUCAGCAACAUCAUCUAUAGCCCCGGCCAGCAGGACCAGAAUUGGGCCACUGAGUUGACCAGCAAGGAAUCCAAAGAUGAGAGCAAGCUGCAAAGCCAUGAACAGGAGGGUCAGAAUAAUAAUGCAGAGGAGGAGGAGGAGCUGCUGGUAGGGGAGGACCAGAUGUAUCCAACGCUGCGCUCCAAGAGUCUCAAUGCCAACCCAAGAAAGAUGAGGAAGAAGAAGAAGGAGGACGAGGAAACACCACGUACAGCCAGCAGCGUCAAAGAUCUGGUUUCAGCGUUCAGUGGGGGGCCAUGAGGACACGGGGAAGGACCGGGUCCAAGAACUCUUCAGACAACUGUUUAUCCUGAAGGACUGAACCCUGCUCUGAACUCACGGGAGAUGAAUAAAGCAAGCAUGAUGCUUCAGUAUUCCUGAAUCAAUAAUAACUCCGAAAUAACUGCUAAACCUGAAGCUGCAGCCCCCCCCUCCUGCCCAACACAAAGCUCCUGCAUUUUGUUCGUUAAAUUCCAGAAGAAAAAGUAAAUGUAACCAGUUACAACAAACAUAGUAUCCUUAACCUAACUGAUCGUUUUCUCUGUCACGAUCUUGACAGACAGCAGCACAAGAAAGAUUGCAUGCUCAUUGGCUACGGGCUUGUGACUGACAUGUCGUUAGCCAAUGAACAUUCCCUGAAUAAUACUACUUUUUUUUACUCCUGUAUUGAUCAUAUUUUAUAAACUACAACAAUUUCCUUGAAAUGAAUUCAGUUUUAUUCACAACAACAUAUAUCACAAAGGCAACUCAUACUUUAAGGGAAACACAUUACAGUCUUACCUCAGUGAGAAGCUCAAUGAUGAGACGAUCAUGUGCUUUCCUUUGUGUCUGCAUUAAAAACAUAUUUGUCUUUAAACUCAGCAGCACAGCGAAAUCUUCUACUUUCGCAGGACUGAAGCCAAAACACAACGAAACCUGACUGAUUUUUUGUUUCAUGCAGAAGCCACGUGUGUUCUUUCUUGCUAUGCACUAAAGUGCUUCAUUAAAUCUGCAGUAAAAUAAAUAUAAAACUGUCUAGAAUAAUAAGAUGAAUUAACAUAAAAUCUUGCUGUAGACUUGAAAUUUUCACUGUUUAUCGUUUGCCUUCAUUAUCAUCAGAAUCUUACCUGUUUUGUAACAUUGUUUAAUUUAAUCCCUGACCACCUCUCACUGAGUAAUGAACAAUUUAAGAAAAUGUUUUAGUUUGAACUUUGUGUCAAAGCAUUUCUUCUAUCCCAGUACGGCGCUGGACUGGAGACUGCUUCAUGUUUCAUGGUCACCAUGGUCAUGGUUUGAACAUCAGAUCUCUGUGCCUGCACGGAUUUCCUCCAGCAUAUUAUACAUAUAUGCAUUUCAAUAAGGUGAGAUCACUUGUAAGAAUUUGAUUUAUUGAGAAGGAGAAAUUAAUGUAUCUGGUGAUUUGACUCCUAUGACCCAUCAUGGCAUGAAGGAAUCGCAGCAGUGAUAGGAUUUAGGACAUGAGCCCCUGGAGUCUGGAUGCUGGCGGGGGUGAAGAUGAGGACUGAGGUCUGACUGAUUGAGGCGACUGUCUGGUGGAGAUGGGAAGGAGGGUGGGUUCCACGAGUGUAAAAAGGAGAAUGUGAUAAUAAAGGACGUAUUCACACAGCGUUACACACUCGGUGUUUGUUUUUAAAUUUCGAUCGCUUUCUGCAGGAGCUUUCAAGCUGCCCUCCUUCAGCUUCACACCACGCGCAGUUCUCUCUUCAGUUCCUAGCGACAUACUCAAGUGGGGAGACAUGAUCAGAUGAUUGGGGUCAGGUUUGUGAGUCAGCCUCACCUGACACCACACCCUAAACGCACAUCUCCACCCCUCCCCUGCAGAUGGAGAGCACAGAUUUAAACUAUGUGAAUUGGAGGCAGAGUGGCUCAAAGAAGGUGGGCAAGAAGACGAUGAUUUGACUAGAUUAAUGAUGACGGUACUGAGGCUGACAGCGUGAGAAAGAGGUAGUGAUGUAAAGAACAGAACUAACACCCAGGAAAGUAGUCAGAUGAUUGAUUACAGAUCGUCCUUACUGAACUUACAGAAAUGCUUUAUAUUAGGUUAACUGGUGAUUCCACAUUGGCUGGCAGGUAUAGAAAGCAUAUUGAAUAAAGCACUAUAUGAAUAUGUCGUUAUGUUUGGUCAUACGUGUAGUCUAAUGCAGCGGUCUC